GGGCGCUUCAUUUCCCUCCUUCCGCGGUUCCGCCCGUCUUGCUUCCCGCUCUACCCUCUCUUUUUCCAAGAAAAGCCCACGCCAUUUACAAGAGCGGAAGAGAGAGCGAGGGAGGGACAGAUAGCGGGGCGGCGGCGGCGGCGAUGGGGAUCCAGGGUUUGCUGCCGCAGCUCAAGUCGAUAAUGGCGCCCAUCAGGGUGGAGGACCUGAGGGGGCAGACGGUCGCCGUCGACACCUACUCCUGGCUCCACAAGGGCGCCCUCUCCUGCGGCGACCGCCUCUGCAAGGGCAUCCCCACCACCAGGCAUAUUGAGUACUGCAUGCAUAGGGUCAACUUGUUGCGGCACCAUGGCGUGAAGCCAAUUCUUGUAUUUGAUGGAGGCUUUCUGCCAAUGAAGAGCGAACAAGAGAUCAAACGUGCAAGGUCACGAAAGGAAAAUCUUGAGCGUGCCAGGGAACAUGAAGCAGCUGGGAAUUCCCGUGCUGCUUUCGACUGCUACCAGAAAGCUGUUGAUAUUACACCUAAAAUUGCUUUAGAACUGAUCCAGGUACUGAAGCAAGAAAAGGUUGAUUAUAUUGUUGCACCUUACGAAGCAGAUGCACAAAUGACAUUCUUAUCUGUCAACAAACUUGUUGACGCUGUAAUUACCGAGGAUUCAGAUUUGAUACCAUUUGGCUGUUCUAGAAUUAUUUUCAAGAUGGACAAAUUUGGGCAAGGUGUUGAAUUCCAGAUAACGCGAUUGGAACAAAACAGGGAGCUGGACUUAAAUGGAUUCACGAAACAGAUGUUACUAGAGAUGUGUAUUUUAAGUGGCUGUGACUAUCUUCCAUCCUUGCCGGGAAUGGGUGUCAAACGUGCUCAUGCACUCAUCCAAAAACUUAAGAGUCAUGAGAAGGUAAUCAAGCACCUGAGGUACAGUGCUGUUUCUGUUCCACCUCAAUAUGAAGAGAAUUUCAAGAAGGCAAUAUGGGCAUUUCAGUUUCAAAGGGUCUAUGAUCCUGCGACAGAAGAUAUUGUUCAUUUGUCUGGCAUUCCUCAUGACCUCAGCGAAGACGACUUUCUGGGCCCAUGGUUACCACAGGCUGUUGUUAAAGGUAUUGCUCUAGGGGAAAUUGAUCCACUUACAAAGGAACCAUUUGAGGCCAGCAUUCCUUCCAGUGCACCUGCUGCUGAUAAAGGUUAUCCGGUCAAGGAGUCUAUUAUUCCUUCAAAUGGAAAGAAGAGGCUAGAAUUGCCUGUGCAGAAAAACAUAUUGACAAAUUACUUCUGCUUAGCAUCGCUUGAGGCAAAACGGAAGUUCAGGGCACCUAAGGUUACACCCAAGCAAAAAAUGUUGAAUGAAUCUUCUUUGCCGAGCCCUCAGACUGAACACUCUGGCACCCCUGAUUCAAUUGAAGACACUAGCUUGCCAAUGAAUAAUAUUCAAUUCUCUCAGUAUAGUUCUGAGCAUUUUAGCUCUGAACCUCCUCGAGAUGAUUCAAUUGAUGCUUCUCAAUGUAGUACUGGUCGUGCCUUCCCCUGGGAUGAUUCAGAUAGUGUUUCACCACACUGUAGUUCUCGUGAUAUUGGCAAUGGUCCUCUUUCUAGGGAUCAACGCAUUGAAGAUGCAGAGGUUGAGGUCAGUUAUUGCAACACAAGUCCAAUGCCAAUAAGUCCUUGCUUAGAGAGGACUUCGCCUGGGAUAGCAGAUCCAUCAUUAGUUUCUCACAACACGGAGCCAUUGAGACCAGUGCCACAUUAUGCUGAAAGUUAUGUGGCUCCUACUGUAAGGAGUUCAUACUUCAAGAAGGAUAAGAGGGUUUUCACAAAUCAAGCAGAAAACCAGUUUGAUGAUGAUGAUGAUAACGCCGAGACUGGCACUUCCACUCUUUCUGGAGUUCAACCGGGGAACCCUGGAGGUGUUGUGAAGAGAAGAAAACUUUGGGAUCCCCAAAAUUUUGAAGACGAAACAUUGCCGCCAACUAGUUCACAUGACAGUCCAGCAGUUGAUGAAGGCUGUGGUACUGAUUCCCUUGAUGACAUCGACACAAAUUCUGAAGGAAGAUUCGGAUGCAAUGUUUCCCAUGUGAAUAAUUACAGUGGCAUUGCGGAGAAAUCGAUGGAUAAGUUUGCUGCACUGAUAUCGUCUUUCAGAUACGCAGGCUCCCGUGCCAGUGGCCUUCGUGCUCCUUUAAAGGAUGUGAAGAAUACCCUUUCUGUGAGAUCUAUUCUCAGACCCCCGGAACAGAACCUCCGGUGUACGGCUAAGAAGACCGCGAGAGGUCAUCGUUCACAAAGCAGAUCCAGAAGUGAUGCCUCGAAUAGCGCCGAUGGUCCUCCUGAUCUGAGCGCGUUUGCACACAGCCCUGUUUUUCUUCCUGAUCUGGGGAAGGUCACCGAUAAAGAUGCACCGGCAAGAUCUACUACUGGUGGUUGUCCUGAUCAAAGCAAGAACACUCGUAAAGCAGUGGGCACUGCUGUCAGUCCUCCUGAUCUGAGCACAUUUGCAUACACACCCACGACUACUGCUAGUCGUCCUGAACGGAGCAAAUUCUCUACAGCUAUAAGAACUGCAGACAGUCCUGAUCUGAGCACAUUUGCAUACCGACCCACGACUACUGCUAGUCGCUCUGAGCAGAGCAAAUUGUCUCCUACAGCUAUAAGAACCGCUGACAGUCCUCCUGAUCUGAGCACAUUUGCAUAUAAAUCCAUGAAACCUUUGGAUGGCAGCAGGUUUGCAGGGACAACAUUAGCAGCUUCUGGACGAAAUUCUCGAGGCCGAUUCACAUAGAACUGCCGAUGAAUCUGUUACCUUUUAUGAUAUGGGCGUGUUUGCUAUUGCACCAAAAAGCUUCUGCCAGCCUUCAUGCUUUGACCUGAGCAAACUUAGAUCUAGCAGCAAAUGCUGUCAAAUGGUGUCCUUGGCCACCCAUGGACCUGCAGCCCCGAUGAACCCCUGAUCUGAGAGCACCCGUUUUGGCGCCAACAGAAUGGAAGCAUGAAAGAAGAUGGCAGUCGGUACCUGUAGAGGUUCGGUACUUGACUUCAUUUUUAUCUUAUGCAAAUGCAAGCUGAAGCAUGUAUGGUCUGGAGGGGGAGGUAGCUGGCAGCAGGGGCUAAUAGCUUCAGUUUCAGAGACCAUCGUCUGUGGUGUGCAAACCUAGCACAUGCCCAUUUCUGUUCUUUCCUGGAUACUGUUGUCAUUUGAGCAUUAGUAAAGGUGCUACCUUCUGUCAAUUCCCAAUCAAGAUGAACUAAGGAAUUGUACAAUAUGUUGUAUUGUGGUUUGUGGAUUCUGAGUAAUUUGUUGUUGGGUAUAGUAAUGAUCUUGAAUGUACUAUUUGUGUAUUGAAAGGACUGGGUUUUUUGCUCUC